GGCCGCCCCAGCGCAGCCCCGGUCCCACCGCGGCGAUGCCGAUCCUCAAGCAGCUCGUGUCCAACUCUGCCCACUCCAAGCGGCGCUCCCGGGCGGACCUGACGGCCGAGAUGAUCAGCGCGCCGCUGGGCGACUUCCGCCACACCAUGCACGUGGGGAGGGCAGGGGAUGCCUUCGGGGACACCUCCUUCCUCACCAGCAAGGCCGGGGAGCCGGGGAUGGAGAUGGGCGAGGAGCCGGGAGCCUCCAAGCCCAGCCUCCUGUCCCGCCGCUUCCGCAGCAGCAAGCGCUCGCAGUCGGUGACGCGCGGGGACCGCCGGGACAUGCUGGGCUCGCUGCGGGACUCGGCGCUCUUCGUCAAGAACGCGGUGUCCCUGCCCCAGCUCAACGAGAAGGACGUGGACCGGAGCGCGGGGCAGCUGCCCAAGAGCCUCUCCUCCAGCCCCGUCAAGAAGCUGCCCGAGGAGGGGAGUCCUGAAGAGCAGCAGCGCCCAAACGGGGCGGCCGCGGGGCCGCUGAGCCCCGGCUUGGAUGAGCGCGACUUCGGGGACAUCACGGAGCUGCCCGUGGUGGUGGCCAAGAGCGGGGCGGGCAUGAAGCACGCCGAGUCCAUCAUGUCCUUCCACAUCGACCUGGGGCCCUCCAUGCUCGGUGAUGUCCUGAGCAUCAUGGAUAAGGAGCAGUGGGAGCAGGAUGAAGACCCUGAGGCGGAGGAGAGCCGCGAGGAGGAAGAGGAAGAGGAGGAGGAGGAUGCCGCCACCCUGCCUGGCUCCCCAGCACCAUUCCCAAUGACCCAGAGCCCAUCCCGCGGCGUUCGCUGCCCUCCCAGGGACACCAGUUCAGGCCCAGAGGAGCGCAGCCCCGUCCCUGUGCCCCUGAGCCAGCGGGGGGGCCCCCCAAAACGCCCCGACAAGGAGUUCUCAUUCGCUGAUGAAGAUGAUGAUGAGAUCAGAGUAUAAGAGGCGGGCGCUGAGGGCUCUGGUUCUCAUCUGCAGUGGUUGGACAUGGGGCUGAACAUCCCAGUGCUGCACUGGGGGGACUCGACUCAUGCCUCCUUCCCUCUCCCCAUCCCAGCAGGACAGUGCUCAGCUCCUGGGAAUGGGGGCACCGACACCCCCGGGGAGCUCUGGCACAUCCCAGGAGGGGAAGCAGACUCUGUUUCAGUUCCUUCUGUUGGACUUUGGAUCUUAGCUUUUCUUCUGCCCCCUCUUGCCCAUGUAAAGCUAUAUAGGGCCGGCCAAGGCGAGGCUUCUGAGUUUUAGCCCCUUUAGUACUAUAUCUAUUUUUUCCACCGUACCAUUUUUACUGCUCUCUGAUUUGUACUCAACUUUCCUUACUCUCGCUUUUGGUUUUAACAGAGGGGAGGUUUCCCAUGGGGAAGGACUUGGCUCAGGAGCUGGGAUGAGGCUCCGACUCCCUGCGCUUCCUGGGGACUUUAGACAGACCAAGAGCCUCC